AUGGGCGAGGCGGGCGGCGGCUGCGAGGCGCGGGAGCGGCUGCCGCCGGGCGAGAGCCCGGCCAUCUCGGCGGUGAUGUUCGCGGCGGGCGUGCUGGGCAACCUGACGGCGCUGGCGCUGCUGCUGCGGGCGCGGCGUCGGCGGCGGGCGCGGCGGGAGCGGCUGGCGCCCUUCCACGUGCUGGUGCUGGCGCUGGUGCUGACCGACCUGCUGGGCACCUGCCUGACCAGCCCGGUGGUGCUGGCGGCCUACGGGCGCGGGCGGGCGCUGGUGGCGCUGGCGCCCGGCGGCCGCCUGUGCCGCUACUUCGCCUUCGCCAUGAGCUUCUUCGGCCUGGCCACGGUGGGCAGCCUGGGCGCCAUGGCGCUGGAGCGCAGCCUGGCCCUGGGCGCGCCCUACCUCUACCGGCGCCUGCUGAGCGGCCGCCGCGCCGCGCUGCCGCUGGCCGCCCUGCCCGCCCUCUACGCGCUGGCCGCCGCCGUCUGCGCCCUGCCGCUGCUCGGCUUCGGCCGCUACGUGCAGUACUGCCCCGGCACGUGGUGCUUCAUCCAGACGCGCUUCGCGGGCGCGCCCUCGGCGGACGGGGGCGCCGCCGCCUUCUCGCUGCUCUACGCCUCGCUGCUGCUGCUGCUCAUCCUGGCCGUGCUGCUGUGCAACCUCAGCGCCAUCCGCAGCCUGCUCCGCAUGCACCGGCGCGGCCAGCACGCCCGCCGCCCGGCCGCCGCCUCCCUGGCCCCGCCGCCCGGCCAGAGCCUCGAGGGCGGCAGGAAGCCCCUGUCCAUGGCCGAGGAGCUGGACCACCUCAUCCUGCUGGCGAUCAUGACCAUCAUCUUCGCCGUCUGCUCGCUGCCCUUCACGAUCCGUGCCUUCCUGAACAGAUUCACUGGAGACGGGGAUUAUAAGGAAGACCUUCGGGCGUUGCGCUUCCUGUCCAUCAACUCCAUCAUCGAUCCCUGGGUUUUCGCCAUCCUCCGGCCUCCCGUCUUGCGGCUCAUACGAUCCGUGCUCCAUUGUCGGAUGCCUCGGAAGCCACGAAGGAGCAGCAGGGACAUAGCUUCCAUUGCCAAGACAGAACCCAGCACACAGAUUACCGUUUGUAGAGAGUAGGUUGCCAAGUUUUGGAGAAGGUGUUUGGAAGCCCAGAUUUGAACAUCUCCUCAGGGAUACUGAGAAAUUUUAGACAUGGAAACCUGACUGGAAUUUGGUGCUCUCUAAUGGACAAGCCUGCCAUGUAUUAAAAGAGGCUGCUCCUGUUUCCUUAUAUGUUGCACUGUAUUUCUUACCGGUGGCAGGAUGGGGGAGAGAA